CAACUAAAAUGUUUGACCAUAAGUGUCGGCAAUUCAUUUUAUAGUCAGAAAGUUUUUUGCAAUACAGGUGUAGACAUAGCAAUGGUGGCGUUUAGGAAUACAUGGUUUGCGGUUAACAUAUUAUUGCUUUGUCUGAAAUGGGACACCCUCCAUGUGAUUUGUAUAGAUUUGGGUUCUGUGCAGAUAGCUCACCCAGUUGCCAAUCCUAAUGGAAUGUGUGCCACAUUUGUAUGGUCUAAAGGAUAUGACUGUGCAGAGUUCAUUGUUCCCACCAAGGAUGGAUUCUUACUCUCUAUGCAAAGGAUGUCCCGUCCAAGAUUUCGCCAUGCCCACAAAGAACCUGUUUUCUUAUAUCAUGGAAUUUUCCAGGGUGGUGAGGGGUGGCUUCUGGAUGAGCCCAAAGAGUCUUUGGCUUUUAUCUUGGCAGACUCUGGUUAUGAUGUGUGGAUUGGAAGCACGCGUACAACCAAUUUCACCUAUGGUCACAUAACUUACAACAGAAAACAGAAGGAAUUCUGGGAUUGGAGUUGCGAUGAACUGGUAUCUUAUGAUCUGCCAGCAAUGCUCUAUUUUGUAAAUAAUAUGACACGACAACCCAUUUACUACGUUGGGUAUUCUCAGGGGGCAAUGGUUGGAUUUGCAGCUUUUACUCAAAAGGAGAUAGCCGGCCUUGUGAAGAAGGCUGCCAUGCUUAGCCCAGUGGCAUACUUAAAUAAGAUUCCCUCACCCUUGAUCAGAGCCGCUGCUUUUUUCCUAGUAGAUCAGGUCGAUUUGCUUCUUCUUCACAUGUAUGAAUUCAAUCCUUCAAGUCCGGAAGUAGAUCAGCUUUCAAAGAGGAUAUGCGGAAACGCAGGAUCUGGUUGUGGGGAUUUAUCUACCUUAGUCACUGGACCCACCUGCUGUAUUAAUAAGUCGAGAACGGCAUACUAUAAUAAAUACAGGCAGUCAACAGCCACUAAGAACCUAGCACAGUUGGCUCAGUUACUACGCUCUGGAAAAUUUGGGAAAUAUGACUAUGGUUUCUUUGGAAAUCUAGCCAAGUAUUGGAGUAUUUCCCCUCCUUCAUAUGAUUUAUCAGCAAUUCCAAAGAGGCUACCAUUUUUUCUAGCACAUGGAGGAAAAGAUAGAGUGGCAGAUGCAGAGGAUGUGAGACAUGUGGCUGCUAAGCUGCCUGGAGAAGUGAAAGUAUUAUUCAAGCCCAAGUACGAUCAUGAGGACUUCUUACAUGGAACCUCUUCCUGGGUCGAAGUAUAUCCCUAUCUGCUAGAGUUCUUCCAUGGAAGGAAAUAAAUUUAUAAAUUCUUUGGUUGAUGUAGUAUUUUAAUUUUGGUGUCUUUCGAGUGGGAAUUUCACAUCAUUUUUAAUGUUUGACUGUAGUUUACUUGGAAAAUUUUAUUUUAAUUUUGGUGUCUUUCUAGUGGUAAUUUCACAUCGUUUUUAAUGUUUGACUGUAGUUUAUUUGGAAAAUUUCUUAUUUAUAAUUAAGGUUGAGUUUUACAA